AUGAAAAACUUGGAAAAGGGUCAGGAAAUUGUGAGAGAAGAGAUUGAUUCACUAAAAGGCAUGAUGAGUAAAAUCUUAGAGAAUCUGCAGACAUUAAUGUACAAGGAAGAUCAACCACAACAGAAUAUGCAUACUGAUAAUGGUAUUUCAUCAAGUUUCUCGUUGGGACCUCAACAAAUUCAAGGGGAGAACAUUCAGUUCCCAUCUUUUGGUCUACCCCAAAAUUAUACUCCAUCAUUUGCAAAUGCCACCAAUAGAGGACCAUCUAUUCAGCCCCAUGUGCAAAUUCCGGUAAUCACUGAAGUGCAUCCUGGUGGAUUUUCGGCACACCAAGGUCCCUUUGAGGAUCCUUAUCUUGUAUUCCACGCAGCAGGUCCCCAAGAUACCCAUCCUGAAGUAAUAGUUGAGAAUAAUAAAUCUGAAGGGAUAUGUCAGGUCUUGGAGAAGAGGUUGAGAGUUGUUGAAGGGCAUAACAUAUUCGGUCUUGAUGUUAUAGAUAUGUGCUUAGUCUCUGAAGUGACCCUUCCUCCAAAAUUAAAAGUCCCAGAAUUUGAAAAGUAUAAAGGACUCAAUUAUCCAAAGGGUCACCUGGUAAUGUAUCGCAAGAAAAUGGUGUCACAAUCUCCCAAUGAUAAGCUGAUGAUUCAAUGUUUCCAAGAUAACCUGAGUGGGGCAUCUCUCAAAUGGUACAUGAAUCUUGAGAGGAAUCAGAUUCAGUCAUGGAGGGAUCUGGCAGAGGCCUUCGUGAAGUAA